CUAACUUUCUGUCCACCUACAAUCCAAUUUACAACCAACACAGGUUUGCACCAGGAGUGACGCCCAUCUUUGUUCUGCACAUCAAAUUCUGUUCAAUCCAUCACUAAGUUCAAAUUUAGUACUGACCCAACAAAGCAGGAUCCCGUGUCUGCUGUUACUGAACCGCGCUCUUGUCUUCCGCAUGUCCAUCUCAUUGUCUUCACAAGAACAAUGACAUCCUGCAAACGCCUUACUCUCUUUUCAAUGCCCUCUCCGACCCUUACCCAUUGUGAUGUGACUUUGCGCAGAGAACCUAUUCACCGCAACGGUUCGAAUUGGUUUGUUUUCCUAUUCAUUUCCUCUCAUAUUGUGCCAGGAUCAUGCUUUCAACAAGAUCAGGAGGUGCAUCCAAACCAGCCGUGGACACUUCAGUCAACAAACUUGGCUACACUAGUUUUCAAUCUCAUGAGGGUAUUCGUUCACCCCGAUCUCCAACUUACAUGCCUGAUCCUUCUGCGUUAACCUUUCUACCACCGUUUGAUCCUGCCAGGAUCCUCAGUUCCUCCGAACAGCCAUUCUCCACUAAUCAGGUCACCACUAUGACCAACUCUCACCUCAAAGCCAAACUCCCACCACCACCAGAAGAGCCUCUCACUUGGGUGUGGAUCUGUCACCUAUGUCACAGCCGUUAUCCACUUGGAGUAACCCGCCGUUGUCUGGUAGAUGGCCACUACUACUGCAGCGGGGAAGCCGCUCAGCCCAAUCUGCGUAAGAGGAAAAAGAGACAAAGUUGCUCCAGCGAGUUUGACUAUGUGACCUGGCGGGCAUGGGGUGCGUGGAAACGAAAAGCUCGCAAAAUCCUCAAGAGCCCACGUUCCUUGAAAGGUUGUGAGAAAUGUGUAUUUCCCAGCCAAUGUCGUUAUCCUCCCGACCCCGAAGAAGAUGUCGACCAGAAUGAGAUACCUGAGAUCGAUGAAGAGACAGACCUUGGCCAAGUUCAAAGCGAUGGCGACUACAUCAUGUCUGAAUCUGACGUCAAUGAAGACAACGACACUGUGUCGAUUCCCGCGCCAGUCUCUACUGCCAACCAGAAUAUCAAUUUUGACCAGAUCCUCAGUAACAUUCUGGACGACAACGACGACACUUCAAUGACAUCAGACUCGUACAUUGAGGCUUCAUCGCCCAACAAAACAGGCAAGAAAGGGAAAAAGAGGGUGGUUUCGGAGCCUGAUGACCAAAAGACUCGAGAAUCUAACCGGCUCAAACAACUCAUCGGUCCUGAUCUGUGGAACAAUCUCGAGGACAUUGAUCUGGAGCCCCCCAGGAUGGAAUAGUCAUUGGGGCUUGUAACUAGAGAGGCAGCUUUGACAGCAACAGCAAUCCGAGCCGAGAGAUGAAUAGUCUUCACAUGUACAACUACUCGGACGGGUUGUUGAUACGGUCGGGUUCUGCCACUUAGGGCGAGAGAGAGAGUUUGCAAAUACAAACACAAUUCAAAACAUUGUUUCCCUAGGCAUACGACUUUUCAUUGUUCUUUUGACUUCAGCCAUGGCUCUUGUGACCGCUGUUCUCAGUCUACACAUGCAAACAGCCGUUAAUGCAUUGAG